AAAUGUUUUUAACCACUGCUAAACAUCGACUGUUUUUGUGGGUAAAACCCGUGCAGCGAAGUCGACAAGCUCGAAAGUAGGUCAACCGAAGAAACCUGGACGGAUGGCAGCCCUGUGAUAACCUCUCAAUCGUUUAAUAUAUCAGGAGGCAAACAGCAACAAUCACGGGGCGUGGUGUCUCUCAACCGCACCGAGCUGUGAAAUUGAUUAGACAUGCGGCCUAACGGGGCGCGCUUCAGAGCUACUUGCUAUUCCAGUCUGCCCCACGCCUCGACACAGAAACGUCCUACAGUACCUAACUGUUUACUCUCGUCUCUUUACGACCAGUUUGCUCCUUGCGAAAGACACUAUCUAAUCUCCCCUAAUAAACUAAAGGACGAGUUUAUCACAAAAAUUUAAGCAACAAGCAAACAAGCCGCGAAAGAAUUCACUGUGCGUAGGGCUUUUAAAAACGUUAUCGCUCAUGAUAUAAACACAAUAACAACAGUUCUCGAGUCAGUCAACAACAGUGCCUCUUCUGUAGCGGUCAAAAAUGAGACGCGCCGUUUUUUUGAUAAGUUUUUGCUGUUACUCGUUAGCGAAGAACUGCGAUGAGCGGUCCGUUACCGCGUACUACAAAAAGCCUAUUUAUGAGUUCUCAACCGGGCUUUUGGACAGAGUUUCCCAAGAAACGGAUGGUCAUUUCGUCUGUUCACCGAUAAAUCCGUGGCUGCAGCUCGUGAACCUCGCACAAGGCGCCCAUGGAGCUACCCUCAAGCAGAUCUGGAAGGUGACCGGACAUGGGAAGCCAUGUAUGCAACGGACUUUGAGAAAAACCCUGAACAGCUUAUACGGGGAAGGGAAGGACUAUAAAUGCCAAAGUUUAGUGAUAAUAGAUAAAUAUUUAGCAGUGAAAAAGAAUUUUAAAAGAAGAGUUGAACGAUCAAAAACAGUUAAAGUGGCAUCUUUAGAUAGAGAUACUCCUUAUGACUCUGCAGAUGAAGCUAGUGAAAUUAUAGAAAGAGCUACUGGUGUUGGGAAUAGUAUAGACCCAUUCGAGUUCAAGCUGACUUCUCUGAUGUUGGCUGAUGUGGCCACGUUUAAAGCUGCUUGGCGGCAACCCUUCGAUCCUGGAUUCACUGCUGUACAGCCUUUCUACCACGGAAACGUUAAACUGGGCGAAGUCAAUAUGAUGUCCAGCAUAGGAUACUUCAACUACAUUAACUUAACAGCCAUUAAUGCCGAAGUUUUGGAACUUCCAUGCAUUGACAAAAGGCGUUCUAUGCUCAUAUUUCUACCCACAAACGGAACCAUCAAAGAUUUAUUUUUCCACAUGAAACGAAUAAGGAUAGCUACUAUUUUCAAUCUUUUCAAGAAAUCCAAAAACAAAUUAGUGGUUUUAAGAUUGCCUAGGUUUAAGAUAAGCAGUGAAAUAAUGAACUUACCGGAGCUGAUCAGCGAUAUGGGGGUGUCGUAUAUUUUUAAGAUUAACGGUAAUCUUAAAGGUAUAACUGAUUUCCCGAUACGAGUGAAUAGGAUGAAGCAAGUGGUGGAGAUAGAGGUGACAGAGGAAGGUGUGGCGGCUGAUAUAGUUCAAAAUCUAAUUGAUCCGGACGUGGAACCGAUGAAGUUUGAGGCAAACAGACCGUUUGCCUUUAUGUUGGUAGAUAAACCGACAGAAAUCAUAUUAUUUGCUGGAGUAUACUCUAUCCCAUCAGUGUUCUAAUUAUAGAUGACUGCUACCUACGUAAUGAAAGGAUUAAAAUACAGUGUUGGUUUAUGAAACGAGCUAAAAGUGAGUUUAAUAAAAAACAUCACACGAGUGUUUUGAUGCUUAAUUAUGUACAGUUACAUACAAUUAUCUACACACAUAUUAUAAGCUCUGUUUGAUGCGUUCAGGAACCGCAUGUUGCGACCACCAUUGCGGCAUUUGAUUCGGAUAAAACGUCAUCGCUACAGAAACUAAAAACCGGGCAAGUGCGAGUCGGACUCGCGCACGAAGGAUUCCGUACCAUUAUUUAUAAAAAAGGCAAAAAAAUUAUGUUUGUUGUAUAGGAGCCCUCCUUAAAUAUUUAUUUUAUCCUGUUUUUAGUGUUUGUUGUUAUAGCGGCAACAGAAAUACAUCAUCUGUGAAAAUUUCAACUGUCUAUCACGGUUUUUGAGAUACAGCCUGGUGACAGACGGACGGACAGACGGACGGACAGACGGACAGCGAAGUCUCAGUAAUAGGGUUCCUUUUGACCCUUUGGGUACGGAACCCUAAAAAUGAGAUUAAAUUCCGUUGUUUUCAAGGAUGUUAAUGUCAUCAUUAAAUAGAUAUUGACGUUAUUAUUACGUAAUAAUAACAAUUUCAGAGUUUUUCUUAAAGAAAAUAGUUUAUAUUUAUGCUGGUCGUAAUUUGUGGUUAUUGAACGCCUUGUAGAGGGUUUAUGAUAUGUGCGAAGGUAAUAGUACAUUACGAUAAAAGUGCGAAAAUUAAGAAAUUCGAAAUGAGUGGCGAUAAAUUAAAACACGACCGAAGGGAGUGUUUUAAAUCGACACGAGUUGCGAAUUACCUAUUCGCACAUGUAUCGUACAACGUUUUACAGUACAUAUGGCCCUUUAAAUGUCCGACACAGUAACGUAAUAUGCUAAUUUUCGCACUAGUGGGGUAAAAUAGCACCAUAUGUACUGUAAAAUAAUUUAAGUGUGACUUUCGACUGUGUUGCAAUGGAACGUUAAUUUCCUAGUCGUGUGUAGUGAAGUAUAUGUCGUGUUCCGAGACUACGAGGUCUUUGUAAUGACCUAAAAGUUUAUUACUUACUAUUCAGGUCUUCUUUUUAGGUUACAACUUUACCUUGAGUAUUUACUAGUGGAUCUCUAUGUUAAUCGUGUUGAAUCACAGUGAGUAGACAUAAUGAAGUAGGUAAGGUGUAUUCUGUACCCCUAGUGUAAAUAAAUUCGAUUUCCAAACGUGACGUACGCGUUUGCGUUUAGUCUCAUUUUGUAUUGGAUUUCGAAAGAGCGCGCCAAGCGGGACGUUGUGGAAACUCAAAAUCCUAUACAAAAUGAGACUUAACGCAAACGCGUUCGUCACGUUAUGAUGAUGUCGAUCAAAGUUACACUAGGGGUACGGGUAAUAAAAUAGAACGACGAAAAAAAAACAUUUAAAUGUUGUCGGAAAACUCCCAAAAAGACACUUAUUACAACGGAACAUGAUUGAUUUUUAAAUGAUUUUCGGAACCCAAUUUCCGAAAUUACUCGACUACAUCAGAAAAUUAUUUUUUCUUAGGUUCUUUUAUUAUUUAUCUAUGUCUGUAUUAUAUUACCACAACUUCACAGUAUAUUAUAUUAGUGGGCCGUAUUUUUAUUUGUUGUCGUAUUAUUUUUUUGUUAUUAUUGUAUAAUAUUUGGCUGCUUUGAAAAGUUCCUUAUUCUGGGAAUAAUCAAUGAAAUCAUAACUUGUUUCGAAAAAAAAAUAUAAUUGAGUUAAAAUGUUUACGAGUACGUUUACGUAACUUAGAGGAAGAUUUUUAGGACAUAAAUGGUUGACGACCGUUCUGGCCUAGGGGGUAGUGACCCUGCCUGUGAAGCCGAUGGUCCCGAGUUCGAAUUCCGGUAAGGGCAUUUAUUUGUGCGAUGAGCACAGAUAUUUGUUCCUGAGUCAUGAAUGUUUUCUAUGUAUUUAAGUAUUUGUAUAUAAUAUAUAUCGUUGUCUGAAUACCCACAAUACAAGCCUUCUCGGCUUACCGUGGGACUUAGUCAAUUUGUGUAAGUAUGUUCCUAUAAUAUUUAUUAUAUUAUUUAUUUAUAAAGGUGAAAUUGAGCUUAUAUUGUACAGAAUAGGGAACUCUAUCUUUCCAACAAAUUAUAUCGAAAUCUGAGGGCAUAUUGCGAAUAAUGAAGUUCGCAAAUUGCGGCCAUCUUUCCCCGUCACUCUAAUUAGAAAAAAAUGCCCGCAAUUUGUGAACUUCGAUGAUCGCGGUAGGCCCUCUGACGUAAAAAUCGAUACCAGCUAAAAAACUUGCCUAAAGUAAAAAUAUUAUUUAUUAAUAAACAAACGUCAUCUUAUGUUAAUUUAAGAAUGUAAUGCUUAUUGAUAGCCAAUUGAUCUUGAAUCAAAAUGUUAUAUACCUAUUCAUCUUAUAUGCUACUGUUAAUUUAAGAAUAUAAUGUUUAUUGAUCGUCAAUUGACCUCGAAUCAAAACUUUGUAUACUUAUCUGUAGGUCUAUCAUUCAACUCAGGCGCAGCCGGUGAGUACAGUAUAGAAGUUGUGCGAAAGUUCCCUAGAUAAAGAUUUUAUUAUUAUUAAUUAUUUGAAAAAAUUAUGUACUAACAACACGUAGCUGACCGAGUAGCCGAGUACAGUGGCGAGAGAGUGCCUCGCUCGGCCGAGUGCUUGGUUCGGGUGUACUUUGUGACGAGCACUGCCUAGUACUCGGCCCAGCAAUAAGAGCGAGUCACUCGGACCUUGUUUUGUUUACUAGGCCGAGUGCCCGCCCCCGUACUCCUUUCAGGAUACCUCGCAAGAUGUCCUCGUAUGAUGGCAUACGAUACUUGCCAGUAGUGUUCGGCGAGUGGCGAUAUUUUUUCUUUUUGACAAAAGAUGCGAGUAUUUAUCUAUCUGCAGAAAUGUAAAUUUUGAUUUAAGUUUUUUAUAUGUAUGUAACCAGUGUGUAAACGCCAUACGAUAAAUAAAUCAAUGUUGACGGACUGACGAAUCUCUCGAAAGUGAACUGGCUCGUUAGGAAAAGCAAAGUGCGUGUAAACAUCUGAGGGCCUACCGCGAACCACGUUCGACGUGUUGCCUCUCUGUCGCACUUGUAUAUUCAUACGUAAGUGUGACAGGGAGCCAACACGUCGAACGUGGUUCGCGGUAAGCCCUCUGCUCACCCAUCCUACCACACCCUACUCUCUCGGCCGAGUACUAAUUUGCCGUCUCGCCACUGUACUAGGUACGUGUGAUGUGAUCAAUACAUUAGUAUUGAUGGUUGAUGCAAAAAUCAAUUCAAAAUAUUAGUAUUGGCGCUAAAACUCGGCAGCCGAGUUUUAGCGCCGGUAUCUUCUCGGGGCUGUGGUCUAGGGUUAGAAUCUGUGGCAGUUUUUCACAUUCAUAAGUGCAUUGUAAAAUAUAAGAAAGCAUUCUCUUAGUCCAUAAUGAAUUAUGAUAACUUCUUUCUAACCACUUCAGUUCAUCAGUUGUGUAUAGUCUAUUUUUUUAUCCCGUAGACUAAAAUGACAUUUCAUGUGUUGCUGGUUUUUUACGUCUUAUAAAUAGUGAUGUGCUACAACCGGUACUAACCGAAAAUAAACUAUUGGGAGUUACUUAUAUAGGCAUGUACGAGUAACACCAUUUUGAGGCAUUUAGAAAGUUUAUAUCCAGGUCUAAACACAAUAUUUCUAAUAUUUAAAAGCGAUUUUAUUGUAAGAUUAACAGUCACCUUGAAGCUCAUAAUGCAAUUUUUAAAUGUUUGAGUGGAGUAGUGAGUAGAUUUUAUUAAUUGUUUGUUUUGGAUCUAAAAUUAAUUUAAUAUUUAUCGGUUAUUCACAAACCGAAAUCAAAGACUAUUUGUUUUAAGCUGGUCACAUUAUUUCUGCGUUUGACAUUUGUGGUUGUCAUUUUAGUCUACGGAAUAAAAGAACAGACUAUAGUUGACCUACACACUAUUCCUACUUAUGUAGGAACUUAUUUAGUUUUACGACGCUUUACAAUGUUCAAAAAGUCUAACCUUUAAAAAUACCUGCGGGCGUGAGAUGGCAAAGGUUUAUCAACUUAAUACUAGACCUUGAAAUUGAAACUGACAAACACUGCCAUUGUCAUGCUAUCAAAUCGAUAAGCGUGACCAUCAUACGCCAGCGUUUAACAGUAAGUAUUAAUAUUAUAUUUGUUAAAUGUAUGAGGAUAUUAGAUACUCAUAAAUGCACUGCCUUGGAUAUAUCUAUGUAUUAUUAAUGUAUUUAUCGCUAAUGUAUAUUUCAUUUGUUAUAUGGUUAUAUGCGAAAAACGUGUUGAAAAUAGGUAAUUACUACGAAAACUGUUAUUCAAAUAUGUUUUUGUAUUUAAGUAUCAUUGUAUUAAAGGUAUUUGAGAUUGAAAAUGUGGUGACUAUACCUAUCACCUUGGAUAAUAUCACCUGAUCAAUCAAACUACCUAUUAAUUUAGUAAAUACAUUUUCUACAGGCUGCCAACGCUUAUAUUUUAAGUAAUUUUAGUUAUGAUAACGCUUAUUUAUAAUAGUUGUUGUUUUCGUAUAAAUCGAAACAAAAUAAAAGUGAAUUAAA